GGUUCCCAGGAAGUGACGUCAGGCGGCCGCGGCGAUGGAGGAUCUGCUGGAUCUGGGCGAGGAGUGGCGCCGCGGCUCGGCCUCCGGGCCCAAGAUGGGUCGUCGAGCUCAACAGGAGCCAACUCAGGCUGAGAAUCACCUCAGUGGCAAGAAUUCCUCCUUGACUCUGACUGGAGAGACUCCCCCUCCCAAGCCACCUCGUCGCAGGGGAGGUUGGGCAGAUGAGACCAUGAAGUCUUCAAAGUUCGGAAAGAAGGGGUCUGAAGAAGUAGAAGAUUAUCGCCUAAGACAGCAGAGCCUGGAUAGACCAGAUGACGGAGGAGAUAUUCCUAUUAUUCCGGAUCUGGAAGAAGUACAGGAAGAAGACUUUGUUUUGCAGGUGGCAGCCCCUCCCAGCAUCCAGGUAAACCGGGUGAUGACCUACCGUGACCUGGACAAUGACCUCAUGAAGUACUCAGCCUUCCAGACGCUGGAUGGCGAGAUCGACCUGAAGCUCCUUACUAAAGUCCUUGCACCAGAGCCCGAAGUUCGAGAGGAUGACGUCAGCUGGGACUGGGACCACCUAUACACUGAGGUGUCCUCGGAGCUCCUGGCCGAGUGGGACCUGCUGCAGACAGAGAACAAGGACCCUGCGGGCCAGUCCAGCAGCACCUGACCUAUAACCUCCACUCUGCAACAAGCCUAAAACAAAAGACACUUGCAAGCAGCUUAGGGUUUUUAUAGGGAGUAUUUUAUAGUAAAAUAUUACAGACCACAUUGGAUCAUUCGAUGGAAAUAAAUUGCUUUAUUCGUG